GGAUAUCAUGCCAGGACAAAUGUAAGGCAGGUUCCUUCUCAGAUAGAAACACAGACAGAUGAGUUUAAAUUGUGACAGACUAUCAAGCAAAUUGCUGGAAAACAUAUGCUGAUUUUUAUCUUUGCAGGUAUGUGAAAAACUGCAUUAUGUGUUAAACUAGAGCAGAAUGCAAAGGACAUCAUAGUGAAUGUUACAAUAAGAGCUUUCAGAUCGAGAACGGGCUUUGAGGUGUUGAUGAAAGGUGUUAUUGAAGACCUUCAGCAACAAUGAAUUGGGGUUCUCUGCAAGGCAUCCUCAGUGGGGUGAAUAAAUACUCAACAGGAUUCGGUCGGAUAUGGCUAUCCGUCGUCUUCCUCUUCCGAGUGAUGGUUUAUGUGGUGGCAGCCGAGAAGGUCUGGGGUGACGACCAAAAAGAUUUUGAGUGCAACACCAAGCAGCCUGGCUGUGAAAAUGUCUGCUUUGACAACUACUUCCCAAUCUCCCACAUCCGCCUGUGGGCUCUCCAGCUCAUCUUUGUCUCCACUCCGUCCCUGCUAGUGGUCAUGCAUGUAGCUUACAGAGAAGAUAGAGAGAAGAAGAACAAGAGGAAACACGGCGAACAAUGUCACAGUCUCUACCAAGACACAGGGAAAAAGAAAGGUGGACUCUGGUGGACUUACAUAAUGAGUCUUGUGUGUAAAGCGGUAAUUGAUGUAGGGUUCCUGUAUAUCCUUCAUAAAAUCUACAAAAACUUUGACUUGCCUCGUCUUGUUAAAUGUGAGUUGCCGCCUUGCCCGAAUGUCGUUGAUUGCUACAUUGCCAGGCCCACUGAAAAGAGGAUCUUCACUAUAUUCAUGGUUGUGACCGCAGGCAUCUGUGUUCUUUUAAACAUUGCUGAGUUUCUGUACCUCGUGAGUAAAAGAAUCAUGUCCGAGUGCUGUGUGUCAGGAAGGCGAAAGCACGCAAAUCACUCCACAAAAACGUCAACUGUCUUACUUGACAAGUCAUCUGACGGAGCCUUUAACUCAGAGAGUAAGCCUUACUCUUUAAACUAAAAUCCAAGCCUCAUUUUUCACUUGAAUUCAUGAAAGAUCCACUAGAAAUACUUAUCUAGUGGAAUAUGCAGGACUAAUUAAACAUUAGUGUUGAACUUUGUAUUUUCUUCACCUGGCACUCAAUGGAGCUUAACAAACCAUGGCCUCUCAAACUCUCAAACUCGGUGAAGGUUGUCUAGUUUUGCUAUAAAGUUGAGUUAAUUUAGGUGGAUCCACACAUCUGAACUCCACUCUUUCUCUCGAUCAAACUAAAGCAAUACUUCACUUUCCACUUUUAUAUUAGCAAAUGCUUAUCUGAUCUGAUUAAAUUUAAUGGGUCACACUUUGUUUGCGUCAAUAGGCCCAUGCUAAGAGCUUCCAGGCUCCCGAUAUCAGAGUAUGUAAAUAAAAGCAACGUAGAAAGUAGACAGAGUGGGACGGAAAAUGAAGCUAUACUAAAGGGAAAUACCAUUUGAGGGGGAUCUUACCACCAAAGACCAUUUAAAUGAACAUCACAACUGAUCCAAUAUAUAAAUGCCAAACAACGAUCAUGUUAAACAAAAGAUAUUCCCAUUGAUGCUGAGUCCCUCAACAUCAGUAUCCUGUGAGUUAUCAUUGACAAGGAGCUCACCUUUGUGUAUCCCCUGACUACUGGAGCCGGCCAUAGGCUGGUUAUGCUGUAAUAAGAGGUUCUCCUCUUGAUUGCACAACUCCUUUUCAUCUACUACAAGUAUUAUGGAAUACUCUCUAGUAGCCUGUAUGUGUGUAGCAUAGCAAGAGUCAAAAUAAACCAAGGCAAAGCAACUCGCUCCUGAACUCAUUAACUUUCCCACUAAACAUCUCGUAUUUUUAUCUGGACUCACCCUGGCUGCAGUGGUCAUUAAUAUUUAGGCCACUACUUUAUACCUACUGUAGAAAAUGGUGGUAAUUUCUACCUCAGGGAAAGCGCACAAACUCCAGACAGACAGCACCCGUAGUCAGGAUCUAACCCGGGUCUCCUGCACUGUAAGGCAGCAACUGUAAGGCUGCGUCACUGUGCCACCCUGUUUUUGACAAUAAUGUCAUACAAUCCCUCACAAUAACCCACCACUUUAUAAGAUUCUUGAGCAUGAUCAUGGAGACUAAUUCCCAGUCACCAUUUUCAACUGAUCAGUUAACAUACCACCAACAAUUGACGGUAGUCCUGGUACAUGUUCACAACCCAAAAUGCCGAUCAUCCCUCUGUCCCACAAAUGCUGCCUGACCCGCUGAAUUACUCCAGUAGUUUGUCUAUAUUAACAAGGGAAGUUAAACUUAACUCAAUGCAAUAUUACGAAGUACAUAACUCAAUAGAACAAUAUUGAGGAUGGCAAUAUUAUAGGAACAUUUAGAAAUGUCAAUGGUAGAAGCAGACUAUCAGCAGCACACUUGGGUUCAAGAAUAUCUAAUCUUAGAAACACGGUUAAAGACCUUCACUGAGCUGGGAAGGUCCUUCACACAGAGGUUUGGAAGCUCUGGAAUUCACAUCCAUGAAUGAGUACAUGGAUGUGUCAAAAACUUUAUCUCGGGUCAUUCCCCUUGGAGUAAAGGAGAUAAAGAGCACAAGUGAUGGGGAUGUAUUAGGUCAAUACUGGUUCAGGGAGAGUACAUUGAGAGAUGUUGUCUCACAAUAGCUGUGGAUAAGGAAAUUAAAUUGUGGGCAUAAAGGAGGACUUGAGAAUUUUUAUUUUGCACAGAGAGUAGUUACAACCUGUAACUAGGGUCAACAUAGGAAAAGAGAAUAAUUUACAGAACUAUGAGACCAAUUGUGUAGCUCCACAAAGGAGCCAGCUUGGACUCAAUGGGUUAGAAUGGUCUCCCUUGGUGGCUUCAUAGCUAUAUGAUUCCAUGAUAUCUACAUUUAAAAUUUAAGAUUAGAUUGAGCAGGUGGCAUGAUGGAAAGAGGUUGCAAGAUAUGGAAACGGUGGAGAAAUGCCACAAGAAAUAUUUGUGCAUGUUCAUGUUUGUUUAAUGCCUUCAUGAAUUUAACAUGAUUUAUUUCUUGUAUUUGUUAACUACUUGAAUGUAUUUGUAUUUUUAUGUUGAUAUUGUUAAUUCAAAUGUUGUCAUGGAUUAAUUGCAAUGAGCUGGAGUCAAUGCAGUUUUACAUUUGUUACCUAUAGCUUGCUGGAUAAUUCAUAGUCUAAUGUCUGCCCCAUGGAGAUAUCCCAAAGUCUGAAUUUAAUUUCAUCGUUUGAAUAUUUUCAGUGAUUUGUGGUUUUCAAUUAUGCAUUAUUUACAGCAAUAACUAUUCAACAUAACUUAAUGUGGAAUGUGGAUAUUUGAUAUACAUUAUAUGUGCAUUCACAGAAAUAGAUAUUUUAACAUUAUAACAUUGCUAUUCACUUUACUAAGGAGAUUAUAUGUUGGUUUCAUCCUAGGGUCUUAUAAACCAGUAUGCAUUUUCAUGUCUUAAGAAGACGGUGAAUGAAUGUAUGUAACAAUGUCACAGUCUUGAGAUAUUGAAAUUUUAUUGAGACCCGAUCAUGGGUCAAAUGAAUGAACAUAUCUUAAUUAAAGACUUGGAUAUGUGAAUGAGUAACACAUAUGUGGUUACAUUCUUUGGAGAAUCGGAUAAGCUUUACUAACAAUAUUAAUUCCUUGCACAUUAAAGGAGCACUGCCACUUGGGAAAACAACUAGCAAGAUCAUUUUUUCAAUAAAUGUACAGUUGUUGUAAUGAUUGAAAAAAGAUUGCUGGAGUCAUUUGUGUUCAAUAAAGUAUACUUAUGUUGAAAAAUAA